AUGUGUUUUGGGGGCCGUGAAAAGGGCGACGACGUGGGCGCUGCUCGGUCUCGCGAGCUCGACAAGAUGAUCCGCGCGGACGAGAAGCGCAUGUCCAAGGAGGUGAAGCUGUUACUUCUAGGAGCCGGAGAGUCGGGAAAGUCGACAGUCCUCAAGCAAAUGAAGCUCAUCUAUGCGCACGGAUUCAGCAAGAACGAGAAGAUGGAGUGGAAGCCCGUGGUGUUUACCAAUAUCAUUCAAUCUUUCCGGCUCAUUUUCGAUGCCAUGAAUGAGUUGGGAAUCAAGUUCGAAAACCCGGACAACGAGAAAAGCAUGGCACAGAUCAUGAUCGACUACGAGAUGACGGCGGAUGAAUCGUUACCACAGGAGUACUUGGAACCCGUCAGGCAGCUCUGGGUGGACGGGGGCGUCAGGAGGGCGAUGGAGAAGGGCAACGAGUAUGCUCUGCAUGACAACCUGGACUACUUCUGCGAUGACGUGGAACGUCUCUGGGACAGGAAUUACGUACCGACAGACCAGGACCUCCUCCGGUCAAGGCUACGGACGACGGGUAUCACCGAGACCAUCUUCGACCUGGGCCAGCUCACAUACCGCAUGUUCGACGUCGGCGGUCAGCGCUCAGAGCGGAAGAAAUGGAUUCACUGCUUCGAGAACGUCAACUGUCUGCUCUUCCUCGUGGCCAUCUCUGGGUACGACCAAUGUUUGGUUGAGGAUAAGGACGGGAACCAAAUGAACGAAGCCCUGAUGCUGUGGGAGUCGAUCGCCAACUCGCACUGGUUCACCAAGUCGGCGCUCAUCCUCUUCCUCAACAAGAUGGAUCUCUUCAAGGAGAAGCUCCCCAAGAGCCCAAUAACAGACCACGGCUUCACCGACUACCACGGCCCGCCAGACGACUGGAAGCAGGCCAGCAAGUACUUUAUGGACAAGUUCCGGGCGCUGAACCGGAACCCGGACAAGGAGAUAUACGGCCACUUCACCAAUGCGACCGACACGAACCUGCUCAAGAUCACGAUGGGGUCUGUGCAGGACAUGAUCAUUCAACGGAACCUGAAGCAGCUCAUUCUGUAA